GUGACUGUAUCGGAUAUCACUGCUAAAAGCAUUAAAAAUCCAAAACAUCACAAGUCAGAGAGGAAGCAGCACCAUGACCAAAGCCAUCAACGACAAGCUGUGGUUCCACCUGCGCAACCGACUGCGGCUGGAGCACCAACCACUGUAGCACCAACCACUGUGCCUGCUGCUGGAGCAUCAACUCCCGUAGCUCCAGGACCAGCCCCUGCUGCAGGAGUAAAGACCACCGUAGCACCUCCUGGUAGUACACCAGCAGCCGCUGGUGCAGUAGGAACAACUAAGGUACCAGCAACUACAAGUGCGAUACCCGCGGCUGCCGGAGCAGCAGCAGCUCCCACUGCAAAACCGGCAACUACUAGUGUCGCACCCGCAGCUGGUGCAGCGGUAGCAACAACUGUGGCGCCAGGGGAAUCCACAGCGAAGCCCGCAGCUGCCACCGGUGCACCUGCCGCUGCGGCAACCACUGUGCCACCUGCUGCAUCAACCGCAAAGCCUGUAACUGCCACCGUUCCUGGCCCUGUAACAGCCACCGUGGCACCAGGUGCAUCAACUGCGAAGCCUGAAACUACACCCGUGGCUGCACCAGGAAAAGCUCCAAUUGUGGCAACACCUACCCCAGCGGCUCCCGCAGCAGGUAGUGCACCUACAACUAGACCAGCAUCAUUGCCACCCGCUGCCGCUGGAGCCAAGCCUGCGCCUGGAGCGCCAGUUACAGCUAAGCCUGCCACCGCCGCUCCAACCGGUAAGUUUAUAUUGCUAUUUUUGUUGUUGUUAUCGUUGUCUCUUCGAUGGUAGAUUAACCGAUGAUACUUUUAUCAAUGACAACUACAGGUCCACUACAAUUUGCGCCAAGCGCCUUACCCGCCAAAGAUAAAGAAACGAAGACAGAAGGAGAGUCGUCCUCAAAGGCACAUUUCAGGAAGGAAGAUAAAAUCGACGAAAGGAAUGACAAAUCUCAGGAAGAAGGUAAAGAGUCCGACAGUGAUAGCAAACAUAAAACGGAGAAGGAGGCAGAGGACAAAUCCGAAAAGGCAAUCGGGGAUAAGUCUAAAAAUAAAGUUAAAGACGAGUCUGUGAAGAAACUGAAGGACAAGUCUAAGGAUAAAAAGCAUCAUCGUUUUCACCGUCAUCAGGAUUAACAGAUGAAUUCUAUUUGGCACUGCUGGACUGGACUUUGGAAAGAAAAAACAAAGACAUUGAGUAAACGCAUAUAACUAGCGCUUUUCGGCGUUUAGCGCAAAUUUUACCUAUUUUGUUGGCAUAUUGAAAAUGUUGACAGCUCAGGGGCGUAAUAAAAUCUAGAAAAGAGCGAAUAAGAAAUAUUUAAGAGGCGAAUACGUAUAUAUUAUUAUCUGAACACACAGACUUACAGAAGGUAAGCUAUAGGUCUACCGCAAAACUGCUGUUUGCAGCACGGUU